GGCGUGGCUGAACUAGCGAAUGAUCUGGGUUGUAGCCUUUACCAGGCGGCUCCUAGACAUUCGCUGGUUCGGCUAUACGAGGCACCCUUCAUGCAACCGGGCGGGUCGGCGGGGUUGCGGAUCGCCGGCGUCCCCAGGACCCUGGACAAGAAGGACUGCUACGGUACCACUCCCAACACCGAGCAGUGUCCAAGAAACCCUUUCCCGUGUUCCCCCAUCCUACUCCUAAACCAAAUGUCCUAUCAUAAAAGGUCCCUCAAUUAAUCCUAAACUCCCGCACACUCCACACUCACUUACACACAGAGACACACACAAACACUACUCAGAUAACACACAAAUAUUAGAAAACAAAUGGCGGAUCUUAAAACUAAUUUCGGUCUCCUGGUGGGUAGCGGCUCAGUGCCCAAAUCCCACCCUGGCACCCAGGCGACGUCUACCGACGGCGCCCAGGGCCCAGGCUGCCCCACCGUAUCAGGAGGGGGCAAAGACCCGCAAACCAUCGGUUCGACAAUGAUGGAAACAACGACCUCGGCUAGUAACAUGGACAUGUCCUCCCUAGCCGCAGCGAUCCCUGUGCCUGCCAGCGCAAGCACAUGGACGCUUGUGGCCCCCAAGCAAAAACGGAAAAACAAGGGGAACAGGACAGACAGACGGACACGGAAACAAACGAACACACAGGCAGACGAACAGACGGACAAAUUGAAAACCCGACCAACGGACGGUAGGGAAAACGGAGGCGGGAAGCGAAAGGAACCCGACUGCCCAAGCGCGGACGCCAGCAACUUGGCCGGAGGAAGCAAAAGUGGAAGCGAGGGACGACCCCCACUAAGUGGCGGCCGGCCUUUUGCGGACACUGGCGCAACCCCUGGCUGUUCCGCAGGCGAACAGGCGAGCGGGCAGGUAUCGGCCCCCGAUCGCAACCCUAAUGCCUCGGGGAAGUCGAGCACCACCACUGUCGGGGCUGGGCAAACCGCAGUCGAGGACAGGGGGAACGAUGGUGGUCACACUGACCCCGACGGGAACCCAAUCCAGGCGCGGGGCGCAACGGGCCCUGGCGGUUCCAACACCGCUCGACCCCCAACUACAACAACAACAAAAACAACAUCCAACAAACCAACAGAUAAAACAGACGCACCAAAGACCUUGAACCCACCUAAAGCGAGGGCACGCCCGCGCUUUAGGAAGCGGAACAGGGGACAGACAAAAGACAGACAGGACCCCGGGACGUCAUCGAGUCAGACGAACAAGAAAAGAGACAGACUUGACGACACGAUCUCACCCAGGGGGGAACACAAACGCGCACGGACUGACGACAGACACACCCGAGAUGCGAAGGGCUCCUAUGCCACAGCAGCCCAAUCGCAUCUGAGCGUCGCUGUAACCACCACUCCCAGAGUCGACCUUACCCAAGAUGAGGCGAAUGCCAUCCAGGCCCAGAUACAGAAGGCGAUUUUCGCGGCCUGUAUCGAGCCUCUGGCACCAGGCCAAACCCGAUACGCCCCGGCGUUUGAGGGUAAGGCCUUCCUCAGCGAGGGUGUAUUAAAAAUGUGGUGCCACGAUGACCAAGCCUGCAACUGGCUCAUAAACGUGGUGCCAAAACUAACAUCACCCAGGAGCGGAACGGGGCUCACUGUGAUAAAACAGACCGAGAUCCCAGUCAGGGUUAGGUCGGGACUUUAUGUCCCUGACUACGACGGGGAGAUAGGCCAGCUACACCAGGUCCUAUCUCACCAAAAUCCUUGGUAUGGAGUGUCACGGUGGACCCUGUUCAGCUACCGAAAAACAACUAGCAGCCCUCCUGGUGUGUUCCUAAUAUUAGGAAUCCCCAAUGAGGAGCUGCCAACGAUUCUGGCGCGCGGCAGGAAGGUCGCCUAUUCCACGGGCUCCAUCUACAUCAAGUUCUUCACGAGUGAAGGACUAAGUGAUGUACCACCCGGGCAUGACUCAGCGCCUGAAACUCGAGAGGAGCCUGAUGCGGAUCGGGCCAUGGAUGUGGAUGGACCAACCGGCCAGCUCCCAGUGACACCUGAGCCUUCCGUGAGCGCUGUCCUCGACAAUAUCGAGGAAGUGCUGGCGGACUCCCGGACCAACACCAAACCACGGGAGAAAAAGGUGACACACAACGCUCCAGACGCAACAGCCCCCGCCGAAAAAUCACCGGCGCAGAGGGCGACAAAAUAAAGAUAAUCCAGACCAACCUCCAGCACAAACAUCUCGCCACGGCUACGCUACGAAGGCAGCUGGAGGUUGAACCCGAGACCAUCGCACUGAUCCAGGAGCCGUGGGUCAGGGGUAAAACCAUAUGCGGUUUCGGAAGCUGCAAUGAGAUCUGACAGCAGUCAUAAUAAAAAAUGGAAUACAACAGGGCGUGGGACUACCACCAAGACCAGUGGUCCUAGUCUCACUCUACAUGCCCAUAGAAGACCGAAUACCAACAAAAGAACUGGUGGACCUCACAACACAUUGUGAGGACAACGACAUAGAUUUAAUUAUCUCUGUCGAUAGCAACGCACAUCACAUCCUGUGGGGAUGCACAGCCAACAACAAAAGAGGUGAGAAUCUCAUGGACUUUCUACUAACAACCAACCUAACAAUUACUAACAAGGGCACUGAACCGACUUUCGUGUCGAGUAGGUACCAAACCAUAAUCGAUCUAACCUUAGCGUCAACCAGAGCUGCAGACCAAGUAAAGAACUGGCAUGUCAGCGACGAGCCCUCGCUCUCCGACCACAGGCGGAUAUGCUAUGAGCUAGAUCUGAUGAUAACCCAACACGCACCAAGGAGAAAUCCAAGGAAAACCAACAGACUAAAAUACAAAACCUUGCUAACGCAUCAGAUAGGUACAAACAAACCUAACGACAUCGAUGAUAUCGGCAACAUCGAACAAAACGUAAACAAACUAACGGAGUGCAUCAAGACAAGUUAUGAACAAG